UUUAUUUUCAAGGAAUCUAGACACACAACAGAUAUGGUUCUACCUCUCUCCAAAAAGAAGAGACAUCGUUGAUAACUUAUUAACUUAACCGAAGUUCAAAUAUCUACAAUCCGCAUCUCCUUGUUUUGAAGGCAAAGCAUGGGAUUUCAAAUAUUGCCCCGAAAUUCUGUAUUUUCAACUGUAAAAAAUGGGUCUUUUCCGAACACCUACCAGGAUGUAUUGAAGCAUUAUCUGGUUAAUGAUGAAUCGGUGUACAAAUUAUUUGACAGAAGGUGGGCCUUGAGCUGCCCUGAUGCCAAAAUCAACCAGAUAAUGACUUCUAGCCGAAAGGGAGGCGAAUCAAUAAUUUCUGAAACCAUUUCCUAUCAAAAUAUCAUCCCACCAUGCCUUGGCGAAGGCAUGUUUGAAAAGAAGAACGAUUCUUCAUCAUUCUAUGUGGUGAGGGAUGACUUGUUGCAUCCUCUGGUAAAUGGUAACAAAUCAAGGAAAUUAGAUGCCCUGCUUCCCGUUCUUGAAGAUAAUGCUGUGACCGGAGUGGUGAGCUUGUGUCAGCACUCCAUCUCACUGUGUCAAAACUUGGUUACCUGUGGGGGCUGCCAAAGUGCGCAUGCUGCUGCAGUUGCUGUGUCAUGUGCAGAGAGAGGACUGAAGGCACACAUACUUCUUCGAGGAGAAGAGCCUGAAACUGUAACUGGUUACAAUCUUGUUUCUAAACUGUACAGUGAUGUGGUUUAUGUUCCAAGAUCUGUAUAUGCCAAGAGAGAAGAAAUGCUUGCAAAGCAUGCGGAGUCGAUUGCAGGCGCUGGUGGAUCUAUUAUGUGGCCCAACGAUGUUAUGGAGGCUUCUUUCAAACCUUAUGAAUCGAGGGCACAUAACUUUCCACGUGCAGAUCCUAUUAACUGUCCCGAAAAACCUAAGAAAGUUGCUAUUAUAAAUGAAGGGGCGGGAGAUGCAAUAGCCUUGCUAGGUGUUAUGCGAUUGAUAAAAUACUUAUCACAAAAACAUUUGUUUGGCAAAGAGCAGACCAUGAAAAUCGUUGUAGAUGCUGGCACCGGGACAACAGCUGUUGGUUUGGCUCUCGGGGCUCUAUCUUUAGGGCUUCCUUGGGAGGUGAGUGCCGUGAUGCUGGCUGACAAAAUCGAGGGAUACAAAAGAAAGGAGCAGAGUUUGAUAUCUGAAUUUCUUAGAGUCUAUACAUCAUCUCCUCAUCAGGGUUUAGCUCCAUCUGAAGGAAAUAAUGGAACCGUGCAAUGGGUAGACCGCCGUGUACCUAGAAAGUUUGGCAAUAUACUAAAAGGCGAAGUUGAGGAAUGUCGAAGGAUAGCACAAGAGACCGGUGUCCUGGUGGACCCAAUAUACACUCUGGCUGCUUGGGAUCUUGCAACUCAGCUCAGCCAGGUACAAGAUGCCAAAAUCGUUAUGCUGCACACCGGAGGGACACUGGGAAUGUUUGGACUCGCGCAACGGUAUAAGUCUUUCUUCCGCAUGAAUGCCUGAAGAACAAUGCCAACUCAUACCAUAGACAUUUUUAGUAGAAAGGUUAGUACUAUAAUUUUGAGAAAUGUAGUAGUUAUUAUAAAUAUAUAGUCUUAUUUAGUUUGAUUAUAUGUUGACAUAACUAUGUAUUAGGAGUAGUACAUGCCUGCUACUCAGACGUCCGUGAAAGCAAAGAAGCUAACAAAAAAUGUCAUAAAGGCUGGUCCUUUAUUUUGUUUGCA